AUGGCUGACAACUUUACUUCAAUCCCAAUUCUUGACUACUCAUGCUCUCAGUCUCCUACUACUAAACCCAAAUUUCUAUCCGAUCUCCGAGCUGCUCUAGUCAAAGUCGGCUUCUUUCAGAUCAUAAACUCGCCUUUGCCACUCCAGUUGCAGCAGGAUGCCUUGCGCCUAUCAGCACAGUUCUUCAAUCUUUCAACAGAUGAAAAACUUCAGAUAGAGAAUAUCCACAGCAGACAUUUUCUUGGGUAUAGCAAGAUCAACAGCGAGAGCACUGCUGCGCAAACGGAUCAUAAUGAGUCCAUUUUGAUGGGCCCCGAUCUUCCCGCCCUGGGGCCAAAUGAGCCGAUCUACCUCAAUGUGCAAGGACCAAACCAGUGGCCUGAAGAAAGUUCAGUGCCAGGCUUUCGGGAAGUUUUUAAAGUCUAUUACUCACAGAUUCAAGACUUUUCUGUGGAGUUUACGGCAUUGGUAGCAGAAGCACUAGAAAUGCCCAAGGUGACAUUGCCGGCGCUUCUCGGACAGCCAACAUCUAGCCGCUUGAAAGCUACCAGAUAUUUGCCGCCAUUCGUGAAUGCAGCUGCACAGGAUGGAAGUCAUGGUAUCGGCCCGCACAAAGAUGGCUCCUUUAUGACAUAUCUGCUCCAGGACGGCAAACACAAUUGUCUCGAGGUUCAAAACAAGUCUGGAGAUUGGGUUCCCGUCCCCCCAGUGCCUGGAGCAUUGGUAGUCAACAUUGGUCGCUUGUUAGAAAUUAUCACUCAGGGAGUCUGUGUUGCAACAACCCACCGCGUCGUUCUAAGGUCAGAGGCCUUCCUAGAUGGCGACGGGAAGACUCUAGGCCCCAGAGUCUCUAUACCCUUCUUCCAAUUCGUGAACCCUCGUCUUAUGCAAGAGGAGCUCACUGUUGAUGUCCCACUACACAUAAAGGACCUGGCACCUGACAAGAUUGUGGCCUCGGAUGCAGAGACGUUCUACUCGGGACUAUUCGACAAUUGCAUUGGGGACAACGUCUUCGUGAAUCACCUCACGACCUUCCCAAAGGUUGGAGAGAGAUGGUACCCCGACUUGUUGCGACAAGCGCGAGAGAAGCAGGCAGAAUCGAAGCGGCUGGAUCAGCAGAGACGGGCAGAUGAGCAACGCGGCUAA